UACUUACGCCGGAGGCUCGAUUUUUCUUCCCAAAACUUGAUCUGGGUAUGACGUGUCGUUUUCAUGCACGGUCUUGAAUAUGAAAAUUGAGAUGUUAGUGAUAUUGUUAUUGAUAAAUUGGGAAUUUGUAACAACAUUAGCCCAUCUUAACAGAGACGAUGCAAAAGUUGAUACCUAUCGAGCCUAUGAGUCCCUCAAAAAAGCACAGCAGUCUCCCGCAGACGUGGAGAGGUUGUAUUUGAGAACCGCUGAUACACAUGAAGAUGAUUGUGAACUUUAUCUCAACACUUCAAUGCCUUCAGGCGAGUCGGCAGAAGACUCAGUGGCCGAGUCCACUUUCAAAUGCCGUGCAUGUUUGGCGGAUCACAGUUGGGGGAAUUCGGACUCAAACCAAAAUGGAGCAAUUUCCAUACAAAAUGACGAAUUUGAGGAACUUCUCAGAGGUUCAAUGACCUGGCGGUACUUAAAAGGACAUGAGCGGGAUUUGGACGAAGUCGCGGUGUCUGACGACAGUCAACCAGUGUUUCAUUGUGGCAAUGAACUCCUUAUGAUCAAGUUUUCCAAGACCCGGCACUCAAAUCCACGCUUGGUUAUCAGUACCGAGACAAAAUGGACUGAUUCACCUUCACAAAAGCAGUGUCAAUGCAUCAAAAGGAAUAAUGGGUCAUCGGUGCUACUGGGAAUCGAUUUCAAAGAGUGCUCUGCUCAAAAUUGGACCCGAGGCAAAAGGAUGUUCUACUCUGUAAGAGUACUUUACUUUGAUCGCCUUUCAAUGAGGAAUUUUUCUGGCACUGCCACCUGUCAUUCUGCCAUCCUUCCACAUGAUGUACCUACUACAGAAGAAUCACCGGAAGUUAUCUGUGGAGAGGCAUAUGUGAUUGUAAAAUUACCAGCCAAGAUGAUUAAAAAUGUUAAAGUUUUGGAUGUGUCCAGGCAACUGCCUCGUCCUGUCCUUUGGAAAAGUCACCAUACCAUUUUUGUCAAAGUGAAACAUUCAGCGAUUGAGGGUGGUAUUCUCCAGCUGAAUUAUCUUGAUAUGAGUGGAAAAUCACAGACAAUCACAGUGUCCUGUGUUCACCGCAUGUUUCCUUUUAAAAAGGCCAUCAGAAAACGAAGACAAGACCCAUUUGAUUUUUUGGAAUAUGAUCCAAUACCAACAGAUCCCUUUAAACCAGAAUGGGCAGCAGUAACUGCCCCUGUACAGGCUAUUAUGCCAUCUGGAAUUUUUGCUCCUUCGGAAUCUAGUUCUUCUAGUGUUGUCACAACUGGACCAUUUGGCAUUCCACCUGAUGCAAGAGUAGCUGAAGGUUUAGGUUUUGAUUUUGAUUUGUUGGUAGAUGGUGUCAACCCCACAGUUUCCUUUGAGACACUUGAGCCAAGCAGAAAUGCCAAAACUGGAACUGCUGCUGUUGAUGCUAAUGCAGAGUGUGUGACGGAUUUUGGACUUUUGGACCCUGCCAUACCCACUGUUCCAUUUGGAGAAUUUGAAGAAACCCCUAAAAUGACCAAGAGGACACAUCCAUCAAGCAAACCUACAAAUCCAGACCUCACUACAAGGACCAACACUCUCCCCUUUAUGCAACCUGAGAUGACUCUUGGUACAACUCAGACAGCAAAAACCUCAAGUGCUGCUACACAGCCAAGCAGAAUCACUGAAAGUGCUACUACUGCUGUUGAUGCUAAUGUAGAGUGUGCAACAGAUAUGGAACUUUUGGACUCUGUCAUUCCCACUGUUCCAUUUGGAGAAUUAGAGGAAAUCCCUGAAACGACCCAAAGCACACUUCAGUCAAGCACACCUACAUUUCCAGACCUCGCUACAAAGGCCAGCACUGCUCCCUUCAGACUGCCUGAUAUGGCUCUUGGUACAACCCAGAAAGUAGAAUCCUCAAGUGCUGCUACACAGCCAAGCAGAAUCCCCAAAACUCCAACUACUGCUGUUGAUUCUGAUGUAGAGUGUGCAACAGAUUUUGGUUUUUUGGACUCUGUCAUACCCACAGUUCCAUUUGGAGAAUUUGAAGGAACUCCUAAAAUGACUCAGUGGACACUUCCAUUAAGCAAACCUACAAAUCCAGACCUCACUACAAGGACCAGCACUCUCCCCUUUAUGCAACCUGAGAUGAUGCUUGGUACUACUCAGACAGCAAAAACCUCAAGUGCUGCUACACAGCCAAGCAGAAUCACUGAAAGUGCAACUACUACUGUUGAUGCUAAUGUAGAGUUUGUAACAGAUGUUGAUCUUUUGGACUUUGUCAUACCCACUGUUCCAUUUGGAGAAUUUGAUGAAACCACUAAAAUGACACAUCCAGACUAUGAUGCAUUGAAAAGCACAACCAAGAUAACAGCAGAAACUGCAGUUUCUUGUAAUGCUAGUGAUGAAUUUAACUUUGAAUGGGGUUUCUCAGAUAUACCACUGGGACCGUACAGGCCAGAUACAACGACAGCAGCGACACAUGCCAACCUCGUUGAAUUGGAAACAUCCACACCUGUAAUGACAACUUCUUUGAAAACAAUGUCAGUUGUAACUACACCUGGCUUGACAUCUGCUGUUGGAACCACAUUGGCUCAAACUACAACAUCUGCCGUUGAAACCACAUUGGCUCAAACAUCUGCCGCUGAAACCACGUUGGCUCAAACAUCUGCUGCUGAAACCACAUUGGCUCAAACCACAACAUCUGCUGCUAAAACCACAUUGGCUCAAACCACAACAUCUGCUGCUGAAACCACAUUGGCUCAAACAUCUGCUGCUGAAACCACAUUGGCUCAAACAUCUGCUGCUGAAACCACAUUGGCUCAAACAUCUGCUGCUGAAACCACAUUGGCUCAAACAUCUGCUGCUGAAACACAUUGGCUCAAACAUCUUCUGCUGAAACCACAUUGGCUCAAACCACAACAUCUGCUGCUAAAACCACAUUGGCUCAAACAUCUGCUGCUAAAACCACAUUGGCUCAAACCACAACAUCUACUGCUGAAACCACAUUGCCUCAAACAUCUUCUGCUGAAACCACAGUGGCUCAAACCACAACAUCUACUGCUAAAACCACGCUAA